GCAAUACUGACACGAACGAAACGAAAGUGCUUGUGAUGAGCAAAGACGAAUAAAAAAGUGUCGAUAGGUCAAUAUUCUGCAGAAAUUAGCCAGAAUCUUCAGGUAUCUACAAAAUAUACUAAAUAAUAACCCUCGCAUGUGAGGGUACUAUGUGGUGGUGCUGUUCUUCUUCCGCUAGUUCAGGACCGAUGGCUGCAAUACGCAAAAAACUAGUGAUUGUUGGUGACGGUGCAUGCGGUAAAACAUGUCUGUUGAUCGUGUUCAGCAAAGAUCAGUUCCCGGAAGUGUAUGUGCCGACAGUAUUUGAAAACUACGUCGCCGACAUUGAAGUUGACGGCAAACAGGUGGAGCUAGCUUUAUGGGAUACGGCCGGUCAAGAGGAUUAUGACCGACUACGACCUUUAUCAUAUCCAGAUACUGACGUGAUCCUCAUGUGCUUCUCGGUGGACUCGCCCGAUUCGCUCGAGAACAUCCCAGAGAAGUGGACUCCUGAAGUAAAACACUUCUGCCCUAAUGUGCCUAUUAUUCUCGUGGGCAACAAGAAGGAUCUACGCAAUGAUCCGGCCACAAUCAACGAGCUGCGUAAAAUGAAGCAAGAGCCGGUUAAGCCUCAGGAAGGUCGAGCCAUGGCCGAGAAGAUCAAUGCGUUUGCAUACCUCGAGUGUUCCGCCAAGAGCAAGGAAGGUGUUCGUGAAGUGUUCGAGACGGCGACUCGCGCCGCGUUACAAGUUAAGAAGAAGAAGAAGACUAGGUGUUCUCUGCUGUAAUUGUGCUGUUGUCGGAAGAACUCUGAUUUAUGAAUUGUUCGCAUACUGCCUGAAAACAUACGUUUGAUACGACUCGAACUCUGCAGCAGUCGCGACGUCAGCCACACAGUGCUUCCUUCCGAUACUGACAGCUGACGCGAUGUUGCGGCCCGCGUAGCACGCACACCCACUCAGUAUUUGUGUGGCUAUACUUUCACAAUUGGUACUUGUAUAUUUUAUAGAUUAUCUAUAAAGAGUAAGAGUAAUUGCCUUAACCGAUAUAGUCAGGGCAAACGAAGGUCCACUAUCCCUUGGACUCGCCGGAAUUUUUCGUGCUAUACUAUCAUGUUAUAUAAUCAAGUAGCAUUUCUUCAACAUAUAGAUUCCUCGACCGGUACCGUCUCAACGAGACUUAUUGUUUAGUUUGGUAUUUUGUAUUUUAAUUUUUUCAAUAAAAUAGUGAUGUAUAAA